AGGAACAGCGUGAGGGGCCGCAGGACACCUGGACCUGUUCAGGGAGGUUCAGAGGAGGACUGAGGGGGGCCGGCUGAGAUUAUCACAGUUGCUUUCGGGAGGUCCCACUGGCUUCAGCCUGCAGUGGGGGCAGGAGUGGCUCGGGGCCAGCAGCGGUCAGGGUGGUGGGUGAAGGAGGCUUAGAGCUGGGUGGGGAUGAUGGCAGAGUCCCCAAGGGGCUUCUCAGGGCUAUAAGGAGGUGCAGUCAGGGACACUCGGGGGGGGGGGGGACAGUGAGGCAGAAAGAGGACUUCCGGUGCAGCCUGGCAGUCAGAGCCCCUUACCUGACCUGGGCUAGGGACACGCUCCUCCUAGUCUGUCCAGCCCUCCCAGCCUUUGCCCCUGCUCCUCCCUUAGCCGAGAAUGCCUUUCUCCUACCACUCUUUCCUGAAUCAUCUUCAUCCUUCAGUGUUCAGCUUAAGUUUCUAGAACAUUCUGUGGCUCCCUUGGCCUAACAACCAGGACAGAGCUGGCUAUGUGGGAAGUGCCACAAUCAGUCCCCUCCCCACCCACAGCCACUGCCCGCUCCCGGGCAGUCCCCCUGGGACAGGGCAGCACAGAGCAUGCCCAUCAGCAAAGCCAAGCCCCCAGACUGCCGGCCCACAGGGCAGAGGUGGAGCAGAUGUGAGCCCGGAACCACAAUGGCAUCUAGACUAGAGGGUCCUGCCCCACCCACUUACAGAUGAGGAAACCAAGGGCUUAAGGACUUGCUCGGGGUCACAGCCUCCUAUGUGGCAGAGCCAAGAUUUGAACCUGUUCUCCCAGGGCCCAGCCAGGGUUAAGAACGUGGGCUGUGCCCUGUGGCUGCCUGGGAUACAGGAAUCAUGACCAUUUCUGAGCUGUAGGGCCACUCUGAGCCUCAGUGUCAUUACCACCACGACAGCCUUGAUGCUGUAUCCUAGGCCCAGCGCUGCCACUUCCUGCCAAGGGACCACCAGAGGGUUGCUAGGACAGGAUGCCAUGAGAGACCAUGAGCCAGUCCCAAAAAGGACCGGGGAAAGGCUAGAGGUGCUGAUAAUGAUAUGACCCUAGUGUGGGCACCCAGAGCUGUCCCUAGGAGCCUCUCCUGGGCCCAGGUACCCUUGGCACCUUCCCCAGGGCCUCCAGGCUAUUAGGGCUUGAAAUUCAGCAAAGCAGGAAACAAUCAGGCCGUGGUCAGGGCAGCCGAGCUCCACGCCGAGCCCUUCCCAGCUCCAGGGCACGUGUUGCAAAUGCCCACGUGCACUGAGUACGGUUCUGUUUCCACCACCAGUGAUGUUUGCAUGUGAAUCGUGAUACUCCCCCAAGGAAUGCAGGUGGCCGCUAGGACCCCGCAGCAGCCCCUCUCCCAGCUCCCCCUCUGCCAUCUGAGCAGGGACUCCUGCUGAACCCCACAGAGAUGACGCCUCCUCCGGUCAGCCUUCUUUGACUUCCCCAGGCAAAGGUGGUGACUCCUGCUCUGUCCUAAGCCAGGCCUUCCUUUCUUCAGUAUUUCUUGCUACUCUUUCCUCAGUUUAUUGUCGUGAUCAUAGAGCUCUGUGGAGGGUGUCAUGGCCUGUAUGCGUCAGGUCCAGUGACCCCCCCCAUCGGUCAUGAGGAACCUGCAGUGUCAUUAUCUUUUCAGUGGUGGGAAUAACAGCCCUUGCAAGGCAGACAGAGUGGGCUGAGCAUGGAAGCAAAGUUCCCCAGCACCGGCCUGAGUCAAGGCUGUCAUGGCGUUUCACAGGCAGGUGUCCUCCGGCACAGGUACACGGAACUCUAGCCUUGUUUUAAGGUUCCUCUGAGGCUGCACAAAAAUGUUUAAUUUUUGAACAAGGGGCUCCAUAUUUUCAUUUUCCAGUGAGCCCUGAGAAUUAUGAAAUGGGUCCUGGUCAGCAGGUUCUGUUUCUGACCUGCCCCUGCCCUUAAGUCCCUGGGUAAUGGGGGUCUUAGGAGCCUAGAGCAGCCUGAAGUGCAGUCCUCUCUCCCCUCACCCUCAACAUGCGUACUCAGUCGUGUCUGACUCUCUGCAACCCCGUGGACUAUAGCCCGCCAGACUCCUCUAACCAUGGGAUUCUCUGGACAAGAAUACUGGAGUGGAUUGCCAUUCCCUCCUCCAGGGGAUCUUCCCAUUGAGGGAUCGAACAGUGUCUCCUGCGGCUCCUGCAUUGCAGGCAGAUUCUUUACCACUGAGCCACAAGGGAAGCCCCCCCAACCCCCGCAGGGAUCAGGCAUCACUAACUGGUCGUGGUUCUUCUGCUCCUGCUGACCCUCAGAACCCUCCUCCACACAGACCUCCUGCCACUCCAGCAGUGGUACCAACCUGGGUGCCACUUGCUGUGCAUGGAGCCUCAAGCCCGGCAGAGGUCCAGUUCGUGGCCACCUCUUCCAGGGAUCCCUCUGACUGCCAGGUGCCCAUCCUGUAAAGAGGCUCCCCACUUUGGGAAGGCAGCAGGCCCAAUGGGAAACCCAGACAGGUGGAGUCCCUUGUCUCAUUGACAGACAUAGUGGGAGCCCCGGGCUGAGUGAAUCAGUCAACUAUGAGCCACGUACUCCACAGAGAAGGGGUACAGCUCCAUGGCAGCUGCAGGAAGGCUGUACCCACUGGGCACAGCCUGGGCAGGGAGUGGGAAGUGUGGGCAAGCUCAUGACUCUGGACAGGUCUCUUGGCCUCCUGGCCUCAGUGUUCUGGCCUGUCUGGGGGCAGUGGCUUAUCCUGGGGGGACCUCAGCCUUCUGCCCCACCUGCCAACCUCCUGCCCUCCUGAGAGCAGCAGCAGCAGGGGAGAGUGCCCAGGUCCUGGGGGCAAAUUCUUCCUCUUCUAAUGGGGAAGGGCAAGGGCAACAGGAGUCAGAAUGAGGGGGUCUAAGGGCAGAGUGCUUAGCACCCAGCCAGCCCCCACACAUGACUGUGAGGAUCACCUGCCAUCGGGUGGGUGGGUCCAGCUUUGCGGACAAGCAUCCAGACACCCUGUUUGCAAAGCUCUUCCCCUUAGCCUCUGGCCCCUGCUAACUUCCUAUUUCUUGUGAAUAUGGGGUUGGGGACGGCGGGGUGCACCAAAUGCAGGCCAAGAAUAUUAAAGGAAUACAGUUGAGCUCCCAGGAACCACUCUAAUGCUGUGUGACCUUGAGCCUCCUGGAACGUGGGGGGGCCUCUGGGAUCCCAUGAACAUACUCCAAAGGACAGAAGGGCUGGCCUCCGUGUCCACCGCCGGAACAGGCAGUACUAACCGUGGGAACCUCGCUCCUUUCUACUUCCUGGGCCUCCAGCAGGGGCGCCCUGGAGAGGCAUGGCCUGGGAAGGAGAGACCCAGAGGGGCAACGCCUAGGGGCUGCCGCGGCGGGGCCGGAGAGCAGGCACAGGCCUCUGGCUUCUGCGGCCUCCCGGAUUUCCAGCCAGAUCUGAGCCCAAGGGAGGAGGGCCCGAAGUCCCUCGCUCUCCAUUUGGGGCUCUGGUCACCGGAGGCGGCGAACCCCGCGGAUGCUGCUUCCACCAGUCUUGGGUGGAAUCCCCACCGUGCCAGAGCCGGCUCCACACCCCAAAUCUGGUCCCAGGCAAUGUGGGACGUCAAGGCCUCGGGCUGCUUGACCCGGCCCUCAUUGUCCCAUACCCGGCGGGCCGAGGAGGGUGGUCGCAGAGCCUAGAAGUUCUGGGCAGGUCAGAGGCCCUGAAGACGGAGUUAUAGAGCAGCGGGGCGGAGUGAUGGAGCGGUGAGCGGAGCCCAGGCUUUGGGGUGUGCUCUGGGCGGGGCCUCGGAGUUUAGGGGCCGAACCAGGUCAGGUCAGGCUUGGGGGCGGAGCUGGCAUCGGGGGGCGGGCCCAGAGGGAGCUUGAGCCGGGUCGGGCGCGGUGGUCCGGAGCGGCGGAGUGUAUUGGGUCGCAGAGCCUGAGCCAGGCCUGGGGACAAAGCAGCAGGGCCAAAAGAGGUUCCCUCGGAGAUAUGGAGGCCAAAGAAGAGGCCCAGGCCGCGGACUCCAGCCUUCCAGAGCGGGAGGCCACAGCGCUGGAGCCCGAGCCCGCAAGCCCUUCCAGUCCAGACGCUAAUCCUCCACCCCCUCCGCUGCCGCCAGCCCCCACGUCCCCAGGAGGCCCUGAGGAGCCGGAGCAUCGGGAGCCAGAGAUGAGGCCGGAGGAGGAGGCAGCCAGCAGCCCCUGGAGCGGGCCAGACGAGCUGGAGCCGCUGCUGCAAGAUGGACAGAGGUGCGUGCGGGCUCGGUGCAGCCUCACCGAGGGCCUGUCCUGGGGCCCGUUCUGUGGGAGCAUCCAGACCAGAGCCUCAUCCCCCAGGCAGGCAGAACUGAGCCCAGCCCUGACCCUGCUGCUGGAGGACGAGGCCUGCUGGCUGAGGACACUGCCCCAGGCCCUGGCUGAGGCUGAGGCCAACGCGGAGAUCUACCGGAAGGAUGAAGCCCUCUGGUGCCGGCUCACCAGGCCGGUGCCUGCAGGUGGACAGCUGAAAGUGCUCCUGGUGGCCAAGCCCCCCAGCAACCCCAGCCACCCUGUGAAGAAGGAGCCGGCGGAGCCCGAGAGCCCAGCCCCCUCCCACCCUGACAUCCAGCUCCUGCCCCAGCAGGCCGGCAUGGCGUCCAUCCUUGCAACCGCGGUUGUCAACAAAGACGUCUUUCCCUGCAAAGACUGUGGCAUCUGGUACCGUAGCGAGCGGAACCUGCAAGCUCACCUCCUCUACUACUGUGCCAGCCGCCAGGGUGCUGGCUCCCCUGCCGUGGCCGCCCCGGAAGAGAAGCCCAAGGAGACCUACCCCAAUGAGCGGGUCUGCCCCUUCCCCCAGUGCCGCAAAAGCUGCCCGAGCGCCAGUUCCCUGGAGAUCCACAUGCGUAGCCAUAGUGGAGAGCGCCCCUUCGUGUGUCUCAUCUGCCUGUCCGCCUUCACCACCAAGGCCAACUGUGAGCGGCACCUCAAGGUGCACACAGACACGCUGACCGGAGUCUGCCACAGCUGCGGCUUCAUCUCCACCACAAGGGACAUCCUCUACAGCCAUCUGGUGACCAACCACAUGGUCUGCCAGCCAGGCUCUAAGGCUGAGAUCUACUCACCAGGGGCGGGCCACCCAACUGCCAAGCUCUCCACAGCCCCGUUCUCCCUUCUCACCCUCCCCGCUUCAGGUCUGGCCCAGGCAGGUCCUGCUCCAGCCCUGACAGGUGGCCCCUGGGCUCUCCCCACAGACAGUCUGGCCACCUUCCAGCAGCACACGGCACUGCACGGCCCCCUGGCCUCUGCCGACCUAGGCCUGGCGCCUGCUCCCUCGCCAGGAGUGGAUAGGAAGGCCCUGGCCGAGGCCACCAACGGAGAGGCUAGAGCGGGUCCCCAGAACGGGGGCGGCGGCGAGCCCCCAGCGGCCCCCAGAAGCAUCAAGGUGGAGGCAGCGGAGGAGCCCGAGGCAGAGCCAGGGCCCCUCGCCCCUUCACGAACGCCUUCACCACCUAGCCCUGACCCCGCGCGGGUGAAAGCAGAGCUGUCCAGCCCCACGCCUGGCUCCAGCCCGGGUCCCAGCGCACUGUUCCUGCCGCACCUGCCCGCAGCGCCACCGGCCUCCGAGAUCCUGGCCAAGAUGUCCGAGCUGGUGCACAACCGGCUGCAGGCGGGUGCGGGGGUGGGCGCGCCUGCCGGCCUCUUCGCGGGGGCCCCCAAGGGCGCCACGUGCUUCGAGUGCGACAUCACCUUCAACAACGUGAACAACUUCUAUGUACACAAGCGCCUCUACUGCUCUGGCCGCCGGCCGCCCGACGACGCGCCCCCAGCCCGCCGGCCCAAGGCGGCCCCCGCCCCGCCUCGCGUGCCCCCUGCCCCGCCAUCCGCCGAGGCCGAGGCGCCGCGCUCGUCGCCGGGUCCCGGGGCACGCGAGGACGAGGCGGGGAGCGCGGCCACGCCCGAGGCCGAGGCUGAUGCGAGCGGCCGGGGCAGCGAGGGCAGCCCUAGCCCGGGCAGCGGGGCGGACGAGGAUGACGACCCCCGCCGGACGCUGUGCGAGGCCUGCAACAUCCGCUUCAGCCGCCACGAGACCUACACGGUACACAAGCGUUACUACUGCGCCUCGCGCCACGACCCACCGCCGCGUCGCCCAGCACCAGCCGGGACACCCGCGCCCUCGGCGCCGCCAGUGCGCACGCGCAGGCGCCGCAAGCUCUACGAGUUGCACGCGGCCGGGCCCGCCCCGCCCCUGGUCGGAUCUGCCCCUCCCUCCGCGCCAGGUCCCGCCCCUACGCCACCCGGACCCGCCCCCACACCGCCCGCAUCGCCGCGGCCCGGAAGCGGAAGUGGAGGCGGAAGCGGCCUGGACGCUGCCGAAGGCCCUAUCGACCUAAGUAAGAAGCCGCGACGCCAGGCUGCUGCAGCCGUCCCCGGCCCUGCGCCUGGCCUGGCGGCCCUGGCCGAUUACCACGAGUGCACGGCUUGCCGCGUGAGCUUCCACAGCCUCGAGGCCUACCUGGCGCACAAAAAGUUCUCGUGCCCCGCCGCCCCGCGCCGCCUGCGUGCGGCCCCCGAGGACCCGCCCGCCGUCGUUUGCCCCUACUGCCCCCCGAACGGCGUGGUGCGCGGCGACCUCAUUGAGCACUUCCGCUUGGCGCACGGGCUGUUGCUGGGCAAGCCCCUAGUCGGCCCCAGCGCGGAGGCCCGGACGCCCUCGCCCGCUGCUCCCCGCGAUGGCCUCAACGGCCAGGACCUGCAGGAGCCGCCUGCCAGCAGCCCCCGGCCCGGCCCGCCCCCAGCCGCGUCCCCGGAGGCGGUGCCGGCGCCCCCCUCGCAUUCGGACAAGGGCGUGCAGACCCCCAGCCAGGGAUCCCCGGCCCCCGUGCCCAACGGCAACCACAGGUACUGCCGCCUGUGCAACAUCAGGUUCAGCAGCCUGUCCACCUUCAUCGCCCACAAAAAGUAUUACUGCUCCUCCCACGCGGCCGAGCACGUAAAGUGAGCGCCCGGCUGCUGCUGCCCUGCCGGGGCCGGGGAAACCACGCACAUGCCUCGGCAGAGGGGCUGCAGGGGACAGCGCCCGCCUGGACCUUGGCACUUAAUAAAAAAGUUCAGUUUGCUG